GAAAAACAAACAGUGUAAAACGGAGGAAAAAAUAAUAUCUCCGCCGUCGUGAAUUUUCUUCCCGUAAAUCCGGUCUGAAAAAGUGUAGUGAUUACCAGUUCUAACCGCGAGUGACUCCCAGAGUAUCGGUCCGGGGCUAGUGUAGUGCGUGAAUGCGUUCGCGAGCGCGAAUCGCAGUGCUCCGCGGAAAGGGGGAAGAAUCAACGCCAUGAAGGCCAUCGCUACUUCGUCGCGAGUGAAAUCCCGGAGGGUUCGUCCGGAGCUGAGUGUUUGUUUUGUGAUAGUCUGUUCGGUGGCAGUUCUGCUGGGGCACAGUGGCCGCUGCUAUGGCGAAUCCACCGAUAUUGAGCUGGAUGCCAAGGCCAACAAGCUACACCAGAUCGACAGUCUGAAUUUGUUGCUCUAUACGUUCCUGCUGACCCUGACGGUCCUGACCAUUUGGCUGUUCAAGCAUCGCAGAGUGUCCUGGUUGCAUGAAACCGGACUAGCGGUCAUCUACGGUCUCAUAGUGGGUGCGAUCAUACGCUAUGCCGGCACCAAGACGCCGAUCAUCCACCUGUCGGUCGAGCCCGAACCGGACGCCAAGUUCAACCAGAGCCUUCCACCGGACAGCCUGUGGUUGGUGUUUCCGGGGAAGCUGCCCAACGAGGCCAACACACCUACGCGGGCCAACAAGACCUACUCGUACAGUUUUCGUGGUGAGGUUGCCAAGCUGGAGGAGAACGAGAUAGAUCUGAAGGCAACCUUCGAUCCGGAGAUUUUCUUCAACAUUAUACUACCACCGAUCAUCUUUCACGCUGGUUAUAGCCUGAAGAGGAAAUACUUUUUCCGCAAUCUGGGUGCCAUUCUGACGUUUGCCAUUAUCGGAACGACCCUGUCGGCGUUCCUGAUCGGGGCACUGAUGUACGGGUUCGUACAAAUGAUGCCAAAGCUAAGCGAAAGCUUUACCUUCCUGGAUACGCUCUACUUCGGGGCGUUGAUCUCACCGACUGAUCCCCUGACAAUACUAGCGAUAUUUAGUGAUAUGCACGUCGAUGUUAAUCUGUACGCUUUGGUGUUUGGUGAGAGCGUGUUGAACGAUGCGGUUUCGCUUGUUCUGAGCGGUGCUAUUCAAAACUACGGAGAACACUACUCCAGUACGGGAGGUUUCGAAGGCCAUGCCUUCUUGCGAUCGCUGGGAGACUUCUUCAGCGUGUUUUUCUUUUCGUUGCUAAUUGGAGCUUCGAUGGGCUGCAUAACGGCACUGAUGACCAAGUUCACCCACAUCCGGGAUUUCCCUCUGCUGGAGUCGGCAUUGUUCGUACUGAUGUCGUACAGCACGUUCUUGAUAGCGGAAGCUGCCGAGCUAACUGGUGUCGUUGCUGUACUAUUCUGCGGUAUUUGUCAAGCUCAUUACACGUACAACAACUUGUCGGAUGAUUCGCGAACUCGAACGAAACAGAUAUUCGAACUGCUAAACUUCCUCGCAGAGAACUUCAUUUUCUCGUACAUCGGAGUUUCGAUGUUCACCUUCCCGAAGCAUCGAUUCGAUCCGCUGUUCAUAUUCACUGGCUUUAUUUGCGCAGCAAUUGGUCGAGCUAUCAACAUCUAUCCUCUGUCAGCAUUGCUGAACAUUGCUAGAAAACCAAAGAUUUCGUGGAACUUCCAACAUAUGCUUUUCUUUGCAGGUCUUAGAGGAGCAAUGUCGUUUGCACUGGCAAUCAGAAACACAGUUUCUGAUGCACGGCAAGCCAUGCUCACGACCACAUCGUUGAUAGUGAUUGCCACCGUAAUAAUCCAGGGUGGCGCUUCUAAUUUCCUCCUAAACUGGCUGAAAAUUCCAGUCGGUGUCAAUGAUGAAACGGAAGCACUACCGUACCAGGGCGUGAGAAGUGUAUACAAUUCGAUGGAGAACACAGCCGGGUCGGUUGAUGUCGGUUUGAAUCUGAGCCAGCUUCAGGUCAAUAGAAGGAGUAGUUCAUUGGAUCUUGAAAAUCAGGACAGCGAAGGAGCAACAACUCCUGGUGGAACCAGGAGAGGUAAUGAAAAGGCUGUUCUAGCCCGAGUAUGGGGUAGUUUCGAUACAAGAUACAUGAAACCACUGUUGACCCAUUCGCGUCCAACGCUGCUGGAAACGCUUCCAGUAUGCCUUAGCCCAUUGGCUAGGUUACUAACCACCACCGAACAACUGACACAGGAGGGUCCUACGCGGCGUGCCGACUCGGACUCCGAUCUGUGCAUCGACGAUGACGAUCGGACCUCGCGGGGCGACGGCAGCAUCCGUCGCAAUUCGAUCAAUCGCACCACUAGUGACGAUGCGAAUAGGGAAAUUAAUCAAUUUAGUAGACUAGGGAAUGAUUUUAUCUAACUUUCUGUUUCCUAACUGUAAGUGGUUUCAAUUAGUUGCAAUUGGUGUUCUGUAAAUUCUGGAGUUUAUGUUUUAUUUUAGAUUUUUUUUUUCAUUUUCAACAAAAAUUUCUUUCCCAUUUGUGUUUUCCUUAUUUCAGCCCAUAUCGAGAAAGCGUUAGAGCGUUGAGUGUUCCUAUUUCCAACCUUGUUUUGCAUCGCAGUUUGUUGAAAAAAUAGAAAAUAGAAAACAAAUAAGCCGAAGACAACAGGGUGACAAUAAUCGUCACAGGAUAAGUGUAAUAAGGAGCUGAUCAAAUCAUGUUCCUCGUUGCACCUCUCCACUAGAAUCAAACGGUAUCAACGAUAUCUACUUGAGUAUUUUAAUCUUUGCCAAAUUUGUAUAUUUUAAGUUAUGUAGUUUUGAAGUUGUUAGGCUUAUUUAGCACCUCUUUAUAGACAUCAGUUGAAGAUGCGGGGGCUUUGAGAACUAAAACGAGUUGUUUAGGAAGACGUGUGUGUGUGUGUUAAGUCGGUUAAAAGUGAUCAUUACAAUACUUUUCUGCAAUUUUGCAGCUACAAAAAAAUAACUUUUCAAAUUUGUGCAUUUGAUGCUGCACGCUAUGUCUGAGCCAGCAGAUUAUAAAAAUUGAAUGUACAUCGGGUUUCUUUCCACCAAACAUCAGUAUUCAAGCUAUAUUUUCAUUUGCAGAAGGUUUUAAAAUAUUUCAUCGGGGAAAUUUUGAUUUUUGCAUUUUUUAGCUGUUUUUCAUACAAAUUUACAUGAAAUUCUCAUUUUCGGCCAAUUUCGCUCCCAUACAAAAUGUAUGGAAAAAUUUUCACCGAUAGAAUAUUUUGAAACCUUCUGCAUAUGAAAAUAUAGCUUGAAUACUGAUGUUUGGUAGAAAGAAACCCGAUGUACAUUCAAUUUUUAUAAUCUGCUGGCUCAGACAUAGCGUGUGCUGUGCUAAUUUUCAUUAGUUUCUGAAGGAGUAUCUGAAAUUUCUCCAAAAGAUUUCUUAGGAGAUUUAUCUUCAGGAACCCCUGUAGAUAUUCUUUUAGAAACCUUUAAAAGUCAAGUAAAACUACUAACAUUUCACAGAAAUCCUUUUAACGCACGCUCAAAAAAGUGCUCGCAAGAUGCCAAGUAUAAACCAUGGAAUGAAAAUUAUGUUCUCAUGAACAUUUCUGGAACCAGGGUUCAAGAAUGCAUAAAAUAGCUCAUGAUGUAGAUACAUUUGACAGUUCAGUGAUUCAUGAUUGAAGGACGGAUUGGGUAAAUAAUCUCUUUCAAAUUACACCAGAAACGAAGAACGACAGAAAAUUUUGCUAAUAUGUCUUCAAGGACUCAGCCAGAAAGCCAUUCAAGCAUGUUUCUAGAGAAACUUAUACAAUAGUUGUGCCUGUUUUUCUCCUGCAAAUAUGUGCCUGACCCAACUUAGGCGUCUUCAACACAACCGUUCAAAUGCCUAAGACAUCGCUUCCCAACCUUUGCUCUCGCGACCCCCGAGUCGGUUAACACCCCGCUUUUCGUAGAACAAUCGCAGCAUGCCUGCAAGCAGUUGGGGGGUCGCGAAACGAAGGUUGGGAAACCGUGGCCUAAGAUACCUAAGAUACCGAUACCCGAGCAGAAGAAAAUAUCAACAGCAUAAUAAAAUAUGUUAUUUUGGCUUGAUAACUGAAUACUGGAAUCAGUUAUUUUUAUGCUAUUAGCAUAACAUAAGCGGCAAAAUAACAAAUAUCAUAACAAAAAAAUGUUCCUGGAAGGCUAAUUCAAUAACAUGCUUUGUUAGAUCAAUCACAACUUAAUAAUAAGAAAUUUCUGAACUUGUUAUUUUUGUGUUAUUGUUUAUCACAUAUUUGUACAUUCUAUAUUGUAGGAUAAUAACUAAACUUGUUCUACAACAAAAUAUAUUAUUGAAUUGUUAUCUUGUGAAUAUGCCCCAAUAAUUUGAACAUAACAAAAUAAGAUUUCCCAACAAAACAUGUUAUUUAAAAGAUAGGGUCUUGUACCAUUAGGGCAGGUGUACCUAUUUUGGGCACUUGCCGCUAUAACUAAGUCAAUUUCCAACCGAUUGAUUUGAAUUUUUGUACAGAGUUAGAUACUGUACGUGCCUAACUCUAUAUAAACUUUCAAAUCAAUCGGUUUAAAGUUGACUUAGUUAUAGCGGCAGAUGCCCAAAAUAGGUACACCUGCCCAAAUGGAACAAGACCCUAUAUUUUGAUAAGUUAACAAUAACAAACUAUUAUAUAAAAACAAGCUAUGUGAUUUUGUUGUUAUCAGAUUUCUCUUAACCCUCCUUGUGCAUUAGCGUCAUUUUUGACGUGCGCUACGUCAGCGAGCUAUUGCCAAUGUAAUGCAUUAGGAUGAUUAAACUUUCUACCUCGUUCAUCUCGGAAUUAUUGCUGAGAAUCUUCAAGGGAUUCGUCCCAAUAUUUCCCCUAGAAUUCCGCCCUGUAUUCUCAAAAGAUCCUUCCAAGAUUCCCUCCCGGUAUUCCCAAAGGCUUUUUUUAGAUUUUUUCCGGAUUCCUUCCGAGAUUCUUUCAAGGUUUUCUCCAGAUUUUUUCAAAGGAUUCCUCCAGGGACUUCUUUUUUAAUUUCUUCAAAUCUUUCAGGUAUUUCUUCAUUGAUUUUUCCCGGAUUUUCUUAAGAGGUUUCUCCUGGGAUUCCUCCUCUGUUUUUUCAGGGAUUCUUCCCGGUUUUCCCAAAGGGAUUCCUCUCGAGAUUCUUUCAGAGAUUCCUCACGAGAUUUAUCACGGGAUUCCCCCUGAGAUUCCCGGAAUUCCUUCGGUGAUUUCUCCUGGGAUUUUUUAAAUGAUUUCCAUCAAGAAUUCCUCUCGCGAUUCAAUCAGUGACUCAGGGACCUUCGGGAAUUCUUCUUGGGAUUCAUUUAUUGAUUUCUUCCGGGAUUUCUUCAUUGAUUCCUGCUGGGAUUCCUCCCAGGAAUUCCUCUUGGAAUUCUUCCACAUUUUUUCCAGUGGUUUCUGAAGGUAUUUCUUCCGGGAUUCCUUCCAGGAUUUCUCCUGAGACUUUCGCUAGUUUCUCCCAAAAUCCUUCCGAGAUUCUUUCAGGAAUCAAGAAUUACUCCAUGAUUUUUUAUCUCAGAUUCCUGCAAAGAAUUCUCUCGGGAUUUCUUUAGGAAGCUCUUCUGGGUUUCCUGGGAUUCUUUUUCUUGAUUCCUCCCAAGACCCCUUUAAUAAUUUCUCCCGAGAUUUUCUAAGGGAUUUCUUUCGUGGUUCCUUAAAGGAUUUCUUCUGGAAUUCCUACAUUGGAUUCCCCAACCAUUUUUUUCAAGGUUCCACCUGGAAUCUCUCCCGAGAUUUCUUCCAGGAUUCUUCCAGGGAUUCCCCCAGGUUAUUUUCUAUGACUCAUUCCGGAAUUCUUUCAGGGAUUUAUUCCGUGAUUCCGUCAGAAAUUCCGCCUGGGAUUUUUUUGAGGAUUUCUCUCGAGAUUGCUUCAUAGAUUUUUUCCCGAGAUCUUUUUAAGGAAUUCUCUUGAAAUUAUUCCCGAGAUUCUUUCAGGGAUUCCUUGCGGUAUUUUUCCCAAAAUUCCUUCAGGAGUUCCUACCUUGAUUCCUUAAGUAUUUCCUCCCAGGAUUCCUUCAUAGAUUUCUCCUGGAAUUUCUCCUGAGAUUUUUUUCAGGAAUUCGUCCCGAGAUUCUUCCAAAGAUACCUCCAGCAUUCUUUUUGUUUUUUAAUGUAUUUCUUCAAAAAAAUUUCUCCAGAAUUCCUUCAGGUAUUUUCCCUAUUCCUCCCAAAAUUGCUUCCGAGAUUUCUUCAGGGAUUAUUUCGAGGAUUUGUCCAGGAUUUUUAGAGAUUUCUUCAGGGAUUCUUCCCGGGAGUGCUCUUGGGAUCCUUCCAGGAGUUCCUCCCGGGAUUCUUCCAUUGAUUUUUCCUAGCAUCCCUCCCUGUGAGGGAUACCUCUAGAAUUCUUCUUAUUCGCUCAAGGAUUAUUUCAUUCCUGAUUUUUUAAGGCAUUUCUUUAAGGAUUCAUCUCCUCCAGGGAUUUUCCUGUGUUUCUCCCAAAAUUCCUCCCAAAAUUCCUAGCAUUGCUCCCGUGUUUCUUUCAGGAAUUCAUCCUGGGAUUCUGUCUGAAUACCUCCAUGUUUUAACGUAUAUCUCCCUAUCACCAGGGAUUUUCCCGGAUUCCUUUCAAGAUUCCUUCCGAGAUUCCUUCAAUGUUUUUUUUUCAGGGAUUCCUCCAUCAUUUUUUGAGAGACUUUUUCAGGCAUUUCUGUAGGGAUUCCUUUAGGCAUUUCUUCCACUAUUCCUUCAGGUGUUCUUCCCGGGAUUCCUCCUUUGAUUCCUUCUGGGAUUCCUCCUGAGGUUCUUCCAGGCAUUCAUCCUAAGAUUCUUGCAGAGAUACCUCCAAUAUUCUUUUAGUGAUUCCUUAUGGUGUUUCUCACGGGAUUUCUGCCAGGAUUCCUUCAGGAGUUUUACCGGCAUUCCGUCAACUCAACACGAUUUAUUUAACCCUUUCCCUCCCACGACUUUGAACGACUAUUACUAAUACCAAGAAAGCUUUUCCGAAAAAAAGUGCUCGAACAAAAGUUGUUGCAAAUUGGCCAAUUUUUUUCGAAAUAAACGAACAAGUUUUUAGUUGAAAAUCAAUAGUUUUUUGAUUAUAAUCGUUCCACUAUUGAAACAAGUAGUUGGCAGUUGGGUUUACCUAAUGUGAUUACAAUCAUAUUCUUAAAACUUUUGCAUCAUGUUCAUCUAAUUCCGUUUGUCUCCAGUUCGCCGAAAAUCGAUGGUGCUCUAGAGCAACCAUGGGCAGUAGAGGGUUAAAGAUUCCACCCGAGAUUCCGUAACGGGUUUUUGCCAUGUUCCUUCCACGGAUUACUUGCAGGAUUCUCCUCCAGAGAUUUUCCCAACAAAUCUUUGAAGGAAUCCCACCAAAAUAUCUACCAGGAUUUUUACUGAGACUGGAUUCCUCAAGAUAAUUUUCCAAGGAUUUCUACGAGGAUUUCUCCAUGUAUGAGGGAAGGAGAGUCUUUGAUAGUGUAACGAGUCAUGUAUUAAGUAUGUUGAAAAUGCUACAAGGUGACCGGGGAUUUCAAAAUUGAUAUAAUGUUUAACGCAAUUCAUCUAGAAAUUCUUUAUGGAAUCUUUGAACGAAUUCUCUGGUAGAAUCCUUUAUACAUUUCAAAUGUUCUUCGAAUGAUAUAAUUUGAGGGAAUCUCAUAAAAAAUCUUGGAAAAUUUAGUAAAAUUGUUAGAGACGCAAUAUUAGAAUCCCUGAAGCUCUUAACAAUUUGUUGAAAACACACUCGAUUCUUAUUUUUGCACGGAUCGAUUUUUGGUCGUAACUUUUUUAUCGUUUUAAUCGUCAUUUUUUUUUUCGGCUUCCCAAACUAACAUAGUAUUAAGGCAGUAAUAAAUUGUAAAAUGUAAAAUCAAUGUAAAAACAAAUGAUUUCGGCUCAGUUAUGCACAUGUGGCGCCCGAGCCUUCCAAAUAAACGAAUAAGUAAAAAAAAACCGUCAAUUUUUAAAUGUUCCCAUGAAAUGUUGUACACAAGAAGGCACGACCAACAUAUUUCGGUUUAAUUUUUAGUUUUACCCACCAGAUCAUAAAACGCCAUCACACUGCAACGAAGGAAUCUUUUUCUGUGGUUGUUAAAUACAAUGUUUCGUAUGCAGAAAAUUCACGCACACAUUUGUCUGCAUCUUCCCAAAGACGAAGACAACUAUUUGUUUACAAUUUACUGACGAGAAACAACAAUUUAUUUAAAUAAUUGAGCAGCUUUUGGUGCAUUCUGCAACAGCGACAUCCAAAUUUGAUGUAGGGUAGCGAACCACUUGGGCAGCGGCCGGUAUUUUGGACACUCUUCGCUAUAAACUCUGUCAAUUCCAAACCAACACAGUUAAAAUUUUCGUGUAAUUUUGCGUUGAUUUCGAUGCACAUAUGUGGAGCAUCGAAAUAAACGCAAAAUUGCGUUAGAUUUUAAAAUUACACGAGCUAUAUAGCGAGUCGUGUAAAAUUCAGUUUCGUUGAAAUUUAAACGAUUUGCUCAAUUUGUAUGCUGCUGCAUUUUUCAUUGAAGUUUCAUUUUUAUUUUUCAUGCUACCUAUCUAAUUGAAUAAAAAUCGAUGGACUAGUCCUUUACGUGAAGGAGCAAACAUCCUUUGCCCUGUUUUGCCAUAAACUGCGCCAUCAUUCCUGUCCACGAUACAAGCGAAUUUCAAAACAAAGCACCGGGAGACGCUCAGCGACUACAGUUGAAAGUGCCGCUGGUGUGGGUGAUUUUUUGCCGGAUUAGAUGGAAUUCUUCGUAAUCUGCACUUACCCGAUCAGCCAUUAUUCAGUGUGCACUCACCAACAAUCCUAAACCACAAACAUCGCGGCACAAAACUUGCAAACAACGUGUCUUCCGGUGCUUUCCAUGAAAUUAACUUUCUCAGUCGCUAGCAAAACAAAACUGAAACAGGUGACGCCAUUUGCAUUGACUCCAAAGCAAAAGUUGGAAAUUUACACAACUUGAAAUUUAUAGCUUUGUUGACAGAAAAUCGGAUGCUUUUCAAUGUAUUUUUCAAUACAAAGUUGAAAAUACAAUCUGAUGGUAUUUUGAGUUGAUUCAAGAGUAAAAUUGUGUGUUUUUAAUGCUCCAGGUAUGUACAUCAAAUUAAACUCAAUUUUAACUAAUUUUUUCGAUUGAAUUCGUUUAAUUUCACAACAACAACGAUUUACAUAUUGUUUAAAUUUAAAUAUUUUUUUCUGUGAAUUGACUUGAAAUUUCGUACACGGCUAGAUACUAUACGUAUCUCAUCGCGUUUCAAAAAUUGUGUCAAUUAGUUCGGAAUUGGCUGAGUUAUAGCAGAAAAGUGCCCAAAAUAGGACCCCUGCCGAGAUGGUUCCACUUCCCUACCAUAGAGAUUUUGUGGUUUGUGAAUUGAAGGUCAGGCCAGUAGUAAAUCUAGCGAAGUGAAAAUUAAACGGUAAUGAAGAACAAUUCGGAUAGCUGCUGCUUUGGCGCGGUUUUCUUCUGCAUACGUUAAACGUGAAGAAUUGUGAAAUCGUAAGUGGAGUGAAAUAUAAACGUGGAAUUUUGCAUAAUCAACCUAUUUCCAAUGCUAUAGGGGCUGGUUAUGGAUAGUCUACACCUUUUGCUCCUAUCUACUUAAUGUGUCAUUGUCAAAGGUAAGUUGGAAUAUCUUCAAUUAUUGGCUGUUUUCCAUCUGAUAUGACGGGAAUUAGCGCCUAUGCCGUAGUAAAUUUCUACCCUGGUUCAUCUCCACUGAAGAAUUCUUUACUUCAUUCUUGGAUUUUUUUGGAGAUCAACACAUAUUCUUAGAGAUGAGAUACUAGCAAAAUACAUGACGAAUGCUGGGUCAUUUUUCUACAUAGCAGGUUUUGUUUCAGUGGAGUUGUUCUGCUGAAGAUUGUUUUGAUAUUGUAAGAUUGUAAUUGUUUUACAAACUAUCAAGCCAAAGCAAUGAGUGUUUUUUUUUUUCAAUUUUGUAAAUUCUGAAUUCAAUCACAACUGGCUUGUCACACACACGACUUGUAUAGGGAGAACACUAUGUGCCAAUCUUGAAAGCGUGCAAAUAACUGAAAAAAAAAACAAAAAUCAACGAAGCGUGUGUUAGUCAACGGGAUGUUUAUCAUUUAAGUUUUAUCUGUUAUCAAUUGGGUUAUAGUUUCGAAUUCUAAAUGAAGAAAAACAGUAGCUUAAUUACAUCACAAUCGCGCCAUCAAACAACGUACAGUUACUGUAGUCCCGGAUGGAAUCCUGGCCUUAACUACUGUUUAUUAAAAAGAAAAUUGGGUAAUUAUUAAACUAGAUGUUGGUGAGAUAUCAUCUGUGAUUAGGCACUAUAAAUGCUAUCAUGUAUAAUUUAUAAUUAGUCGUACUUAAGGGUUAAGUUUCUUUUAUUUUGCAGAAGGAGCAAUUCUGCACGUGUAUUAUGUUAUUUUUAUUGGAUCCACUACUAGUUUCAGCUGCUAGUGUACAUUGUAGGUAUGACAAACGGUAAUGACCGAGAGGCUAGGUCCUACAUUUAAGACUCUGCUGAUACAUCAUAGCGAACAGUUUGUUAAUUAGUACACACUAGAGUGGUUUAUGCAGUGAUACCUACGUGAGUUUUAUGCAGAGUGAAAAGUAAUCAAACGUUAUGACGAAUAGAAUCUAUCACCUUUGGCUACAGUAUCGUGUUAUAACUAUUGUUUAAAGGGAAUAUAUAUUUAAGCAGACGAAUAAUGGUUUGUCAAGCGUACUGGAUAGUAAUUAUCGUUUUAGAAAACACAUUAAAUCAAAAGAGUGAAAAAAAAUGUAUGUCGCAAAUACAGUGUCCUGUCUAAAGUUUC